GAUAAUAAAAUGGCUAUGGAAGAGAGAAUAAAGCAAUCUCACGCUGCUCUAAAAGAGUACUUCUCCCCCUCAAAGAGGCACCAGAGCUCAGGCAACCCAGCACAGUUGAUAGUGUUUGCAGAACAUGCAAUAAAGAAUGGCUGUCGAGAGGUUGCGUUGGAUUGUGUUCAGCUCUACUUGAGUCUGAGUCCACCUGUUAACCAGUUCACUGUGAGAGCUCACCUGUGUGAGGCCCUCACCUCUGCACCACAUGACUCCUCACAGGAGGAUCUAUUAUCUCACUCAUUGAGUUGUAUCCUGAAAGCUGUAGCCACUGCCAAGAAAUCAGAAUGCUACUACUUCCUGGUCUACAAUGCAUCUGUGUUGCUAUGGCAGAUAUGCCGUCCCUUCCAGCGCCCUGGCUCGAGGAGAGGAUACACCAAACCACUAGCGACUAUGCUGAAAGCUUUGGAGGAAAUCAAGGACCAGGACACACCUUGGAGACUAGAGCUGAUGAUAGGGCUUGUACUGAGUCAGCUCGAUGCAGGGCAGAGUGAUGAAGCUGCUAAGACGUGCUCUUCUGCUGUCCAACUGGCCAGGAAAAAGGCUCCCCAGAAGUUAGGGGAACUAAUGAGGCUUUAUGUUAGCUACAACCUUGGUGACAGUAAGAUGUUUGACAGGGACAGCAGAUCAUUCCCUGAGUAUGGAGCUCUCAUUCAACUCUACAAGGUCAAAAGUGCAAUGGUGUCACAGAAGAUCUCUGGGCCAGAGUUGGAACAAAGACUACGUAAUGUGUUCACAUUUAUAACAAGUGGGGACGAACCCUCCAGUGUGAGAAAAACAGCUAGUCAGUCGUGCAUCCCAGCCCCUCCUCUUGAGACCAGACCUCCUCUACUCUUGGAGCUAGGCUCUUUAGCUAUGGAGUGUGGUCUCAGCCAAUUAGCAGGAGACUGCCUGAGUGCAGUACCCCAGGACUCUGUGGGGAAUAGUGCUCAGCUGAUGAUUCGUCGUCAGAUGCUUGGCUGCCAAGUGUUGGUCAGAGAGGGGUACAGCGAGACAGCUAUAGAGGGAAGAGUAGAUGCUUUAAAGAGACUUGAGGGGAUUCUCACAUCUGCUGUUAGGUCUAACGAUAUGGACCUCAUUCAGCAUGUGUGCGUGGCACUGUGGAACACCUCGCUGCCACUGCUUCAGCCUAACCUCAGACACCACCUUCUCAAGCCACUAUCAGCUACAGCCACUGCACUGGAGCAGAUAGACAGUCUUCUGCAUCAGGUGAGGGUUGGUAUACACUUUGAAUUAGGGAAGAUACACGCUGACCAAGGACAACUUGAGGCCUCUCUUGAGAAUCUUGGCAAAGCUUCUGGUCUGGACUGUUUUGGAAAGUACAGAGAACAGAUUAGUGUUGUGCAGAACAAGGUGACAUUAAGGGCGCAACUGUACACUACUCCUGAAGAGCCACUGCAGAGAGCCAUCAAGACCAUUGAGCAGGCUAGUUCCUUGUCAGGAGGGGGUGGGGAGCUAAGAUCACUCCUAGUGAAGGCGGGAGAACUGCUGGCCCCUAAUCAAUUCUUACAGACAUUGUCCAGUCCUUCAAACAUCCCUGUAAACAGACUUAUUGACCAGAUCAAUGCAUCCUCAGAGCUAAGCAGCAGGACUCUAGUGGCUGUCGAAGAGAAGGGCAAGAAAUUGGCCGAUUACUGUUUAGCUAAGGAGUUGGUGGGUGAGCACUUGAAGAGCAUGGACAAGCAGGAAGACAGACAAAGGUGUCGUGUGUGGAGUGACUUGGCGAGGGCAGCUCGCAAGCAAAGUGUAUGGGAUGUGGCUAUCUCAGCCGCUCGAUUUUGUGUCACUUAUGAUGAUGGGAGAUGGGCAGGGUCAGUUACCAAGUCCAAGUGUACGAUCUCAGAGCGUUUGAGCUCCCCCAGGCUUAGUCAGAGUCAGAGGGGCAGUAUCAGCAUGGCCCCACGGAGAAGCUCCAGUUUCAAACACGAUUCUGUGUUAGGCAUGGCCAAGUCUCGACAGAGUGUGAUUGAUAUUGUGAGCAUACCAGAAACUUUGAAGAGGGAAGAGUGUGACCUUGUGAGGACCCUCGCCAACACCCACUGUCUACUAGCCGAGUGUCUCGUGUUCUAUCUCCAACAAGAGGGUCUACAACUAGGAGAGAAACCACCACCACUCAACCUACCUCAAUCCCUUAGCGAGGCCUGGGGCUCCUAUACUAGCUGGCUAUCUCAACUCAGCAGUGACAGUGUUGCUGGUUUCCUGCGGGCAGGGGAGUUAGGAGUGGUACUUGGAGAGGAGGUGAUUGUGGGCAAUGCAGCAGUCUACUUGUGGAACUAUCAUCAUCACUGGGUGAAGAGUGGACGUCUGUUAGAGGUUGUGGGAGCAUUCAAACCACUCUUGGACAGCAUGAAACUGGUCAAAAUGAACAGUGAUAGUGUGCUGUUGAUUCGAGUGUGCUCUGCUCUGGUGGGAGGUGUAGUCAAGAAGUGGAGUCGUCCUAAGCCGCCCUCGGGGAAAGAGACACCUCGAACUGGCAAAAAGGGAGCCAGAGCAGACAGUAAAGGAGGAUCUAGAGCAGGAUCUAGGAAAGGAAAAGCUAAAGCUGGUGGUGAUGCUCAGUUGCCAGUGGACCCUGAGUCUGUAGCUGAGUUGAAAGAAGCUCUAGAGGUUUGUGAGUACUGUCUUGGGGUUUGGAACAGCAGUGUGCCACUAAGCGUUCGAGGUGAACUGCUGAGUGGAUGGGUGGCCUGUAGACAGCUCCUCCAUCAGCCAUUCACCAACAAAAACUUUGACAUUGAAGAGACUGUGGACCUCUUUGCAGUCCCUUGUAGAGCUAUGGUCGCUGUUAAGUUGCUCUGUUCUCAAGGAAAUGGGAUAUGGGAUUUUCCCAACUGUCCCACUCUCAGUGAGGUAUCGGGAAUGGUGUCGGAGUGUGAGUGGGGAGAGGUGCUCGUGGAGAUGCAGUUAUGGGUUCGUCUGGCCGAGCUAGCCCUGAAGCAAAAGGACCACUCUAUUGCGUAUCAAUGUUCCUGCAAAGCAGUGACUCUAAAGCUACCUGAGAUAACAUCAGAAAAGCUCUCCUCUGACCAGAGGUUGGGUUGUGAGUUGCAGUCUCUGGCAUACAGCAUACAAGGUCAAGCACUCUCCACCUCAGCUGCUGGCAAUGUCUCGGUGCUCAGGACAGCCCUAGGGGCAUUCUACGAGUCUGUCAGGGUUGGUCAUACGAUCUCAUCGUAUUGUCUUGUGUUUGAUGGAUGUCGGCAUUACUGGUUGACCUGUCAACCUUUGACGGCUGACCCCAUGGAGAGACAUCUUCUCCAGCAACCUCUGUGUGAGCUGCUCGACCUCUGUGUACCCUUACUGGGCGGGAGACAUGGGAGCAAGAAUGAGGACAAGGCCCUGGCCAGCAAGGGGAAGGACUAUGAACUAGUCACACGGAUGUACAGCAUUGUAUUCCAGGCUCAUAUUGACAAGUGUUGCUGGGAGGAGGGCUUGACUCUAGUGGAAGAGGCAUUGUGGAGCACCCCCAAACCAAUCCACCCACACUUGGUACCCUUCAAGCUGGUCUUCAAGAGCAGAAUGGGCAAGAGCGUGACAAGUGAUUUCAUCAGAUUUCAGGAGGAGCCAAGUGAGUUUGUGGCUUCUCUUUGGCACAAGGCAGCCAUUAAUUCAUCAGACCCCACUCAAACCAUCACAGCCUAUCAGAAUGCCAUCGACAGUCUACAGGAUGGUGAUAGUUGGCAAAAGAUUGAGUACCUCCUGGAGUUUUGUGAAUGGCUCUACACACACGAGUUCCCCAUCACAGAUCCAAUAGACCAAUUGGAGAAAAUUACGGAGAUUCUUUUGAGUACACAUGAUGAUAAGCAGAGCUCUGGUGUAGUGGCAGGUGUUCGACAGUUGGAGGUUUUGAUUAGAGUGCAUGUCAUGAUGGCCUUGUUGCAUGGACAAGGGAGCAGUGAGCAUAACCAACUGAGUGUGGUGACCGUAGGAUUCUGUAUGGAAUUGUGGAAGGUACUUUUAGGGACCAGUGGAUUACCUGCGUCAAUGCUAGAGUGGUCUACUUACUCUCCACCAACUCAGCUACUGGAGCAGUUCAAAGCUUCCAGUGGAGACAGUGCCCUGAAUAAGGAGACUGUUUCUAAACCAAUGCUCACACUACACUACCUGAGUGAGCUGGUGGAAGCUCUGUUCUUCAAUGGACUCCACUCACUAGCUCUCCCGGUGCUGAAACUACAGGUGGUCAUCGCAGAGACUCUCAUCGACCAAAACAAACCACUAUGCCAACUAUACCAUAUGAGAUUAUCUUGGCUCUGUUCAGAGCUUGGACUUCCUGUGACACCUACUCCCUUCACGCUACCCGACCCUGAAGACGUGGCCAAUUCUCAGAUGGAGAUUGAGCAGUACCAGGCCAAAAAAGCUGCUGUUGAGAAGGAGGGCUCGAAGCAGCGCAACAGCAGUAGCAAGCCUAGGCCCAGCAAGUCCAGCAGGUUAAGGAGUGGUAAGAGUGCAGAUGCUUCUCAGAGCAAACCCUCGAUAAGUGUGCGAGGACGUUGUGUUGGGGAGAGUGUGGUUCUGAGGGAGGUUUGGGUGGAUAUGGCACGACUGCUCAUACAACAGGGUGCAUACCAGCUGGCUCGUGAUCUACUCAACCAAGCAAUACUGUCCAGUCAGAUUUUUGAGGACCAGCGAACGCUCUUUAUUAUCCAUAUUCUGUUAGCCAGACUAGCCCUUACUGAUAGAGACCAACAGAAGGCCAUCAAACUAGUAACACAGGCACAAAAGUACCCCGCUGAUCUUCCCGACUGGUUAGAGGGGAUACUCCUGCUAUCAGAUGCAAUCAAUUCCAACCGUGAGUACAGGAACCAACUAAAAGCCGUCAUGGAACAUGCCACGUCUAAACUGGACAAACUUCGGGGCUCACAAGUGAACAACUCCAGCAGAUUGAAACAUGCCAUUGUGACCAUUAACACCAGACUGGUUUUAUGUGAGCUUGGAGAACUUGUAAAAGAAGUUAACGGAAGUGUGCCUUCAAUUGCGGCACUUAGUCAGGCUUUAACAGAUUCAACAAAGGCUCUAAUGGGCCUGGGUCACAUCAGAGAGGCCGCCUGCAUCAGUAGGCAACAUGUUUCCUUCCUUAGGUCAUUGGCCCACUCCAGACUAGCUGAAAGUGAAAAUCAAUUUGUGGAGUUGAUGCUUGAGGCAAUCUCAUUGUGUGACAAAGCUGUGACUGCACUACAGACAGUAUGUGAGCACACCGUAACCAUUUGCCAGCCUUCUAAGGAUAUGAGCCUGCCAGUUCAGAGGGAGCUGGUCACUGCCCAGUCUCUAUUGGCUGACCUUCUGUUGGAUACCUUCUCCCACCACUCAGCUCAAAGCAGGAAGGCACAGGCCGAGAUGAGGGAUAAGAGCAGUAUGCAGAAGUUGGUUGAAGAUUUCGUCAAAGAAAAACCAAUUCUUAGUCUUAUGCAAGAGGAUUGGCAGAACACAAUACAAAUGGCAUUGGAAAAAGCUCUUGCUCUGCUAACAUCUGCUCAUGCCAUGGUCAACGCUGACAAUAUUCUAAAUAUCAAGGUUAUGGUUGGCUUAGGUCGUUGCCUUCGCCUGUUGUCUACUCACACAAGACCUGACUCAGCACUUCAGUGGACACCAGAGUGCUGCGUCGUGAAAAAUUCUGAUAAGCCUGUCAGUGAAGAAGGGGAUUCCCCAGAGCUAGGGCUGAGCCGCUCCAAGUAUGGAGCACUUUCCUCUGUUAUGAGAUCGAAGGAGGCCGAGAAAGCAGAGUGUGAUGAAAGUGCAUCAUUGCUUUAUCUGACGCAAGCUUCUCACACUCUAGUACAGGCCGUGUCUAUGUCCAUCAGCAACAAACAACUGGAUCUUGGUAUUAAGGCAGCUCUUGAGUUGGUGGACUGUUGUGGUGGUUUCGACACUAUCACAGCCUCUCUUUACCUGGCCUUAUACCAAAGCUUAUCAGUGUCUAUUGAGAUGGAGAAACUACUGAGACAAAUACUGGCUGACCCAUCCUGCUCGAAGCUAGGAGCACUACUGGAGCAGAACCAACACCUUACCUCCUCUCAAUCACCUUCUCAGCACAAUAUCCAGGAACUACAGGCUUUUGAGGCUUACAAGAUGUUGACGGUGUCUGAUAACCACCUAGACCUACUCAAGCGCUUUCCGUCUCAUUUCAGAUUCCUGGUGCUCCAGCACUCACCAGAUGGGUGUCGUUUGUAUGCGUCAUAUCUAGUGCCACCCCAACCCCCACCACCAGCCUCUAAGAAGGGCCAACCUCCUCCCAUUGUAGAAUGCCUUGAUCCUGUAAUAACAAGUGCCCAUGUGAGCCCCAAAGAUUUGCACAGUCUCCUGGAUAUGAUGAGUGCCUUUGAAGCAAACCGUUUCCAGCAGUUGACAAUAUCAAAUUCUCUGCUAAAUGAUAGUGAAGAUUUGCUUAAGGAUGUCGUCGCUGCAACAGAAGCAUACCUUUCACAAGUAAUGAGACUCAUGGCUGAUGCAUUCAGGAGGGAGAAAAUUGACAGAGAUAUCUGUGUCGUUGUAUUGGCGGACACACACCUGUUGAGGUUACCACUUGAAGCUAUGGAGAUUUUCCAAGCUAAAAAUAUACGAUCAGUAACAAGAGAUUUCUCUCUCCAAGUACUUUGUCACCGACUGGAAAAGUUUACUGCUAAUGAACCAAGUCCACAAGCUGAAAGUUCCAAGGACACCAAAAAGAAAGGGGAUAAGUACCAACCUCAGCCAACAACAUUCCUUGCUAACACUGCAAAUUUCAGAUAUGUGCUGGAUCCAAGGAAAGAAUUUGAAGGAUCGGAAGUGUGUAGUAAGGUAGUAGAUCAGAUUCAGCAGUUCUCCAAGCUAACUUCCAAGUGGUCUGGAUACAAUGCUGGAGAACAAGUAUUAAUGACUGUCAACAAAUGGACAGCACUGUUCAAAGAAGCAUCUGGCCUCAUAUUCUUUGGUCCUGAGAGCUUACUAGCUCAUUUGCCACCAACCAAUCUUGUCCCAUUAUCUUUGCGAGAUUGUUCCGUUGCUGUGAUUAUGGAUCGUGUUCACACAUCACAGAGUAUGGUUUACCAGUCAAAAUUAGACUUUCACAAAAGUUGUUUUGAGCUCAAAUGUGAGUGUCCAGUGGAAACAGCAAUACUGCUUAGCCUUGUGGGUGUGAGGUGUUUGCUUAGCAACCAAUGGACAAGUUCUGUGCAGAGUAAUUUGGACAACAUCCUAAACACACUGAGAGGUUUGUUGUCUGAGGGAAUUACAAUUGGAGAAUUGAACUGGUCUCGCAUAAGAAGCUCUUUUGAGUGUUCGUCUACCACAAGCGAUCAAAAUGAGAUUGAUCCUCAAAACAAGACAAGCCUGAAGAGUGCAGAUGGUGGAGCUGAAGUGUGCUCUGAACAAGAAACCACUGAAGAUGCACAAACUGUUGAUUAUAGCUCGACCUACAACUAUGUACUUUAUGGUUUACCCCAUGUAAACCUUAUAUCCCCAUCUUUGUAAAGCAGAGCUGUGCUUCUGUUCUGUUAUCUACAAUGUACUGAUUACUGCAUUUAAUG